AUGGAAAUUUGGCAUGCAUUCAGGUUGAAGAAGUGGGUUCAGCCUUUAGGAAAAAAAGCUCUCACCAAAUUGUCAGCGGAAGUGUUGCACAAUAGCAGGUAUUUGUGCCCAGGUCACUUUGAGCCAGACAUGUUUUGGUCAAAUAAGAGAGAGAGGCUGCAGAGAUGGGCCAUUCCAGUCUUCAAGGAUAAGGUGGCUCUCUCUGAUGAUGAGAUGAGGACAGCUCCCUGGUUUGAGCCUGGUCAAACUGAACCUUUCAUGUUUGGGACACCAUCAACAUCAUCUGCUUCAUCAUCCCUACACCAGUCUCAUUCACCAUCACACCAUGCACCAUUUCAACCAGACACACUUCCUCAACAAACUAUCACCCCUGCCCUCCCCGCACUAGUGACAAAUCCUUCAUUCACCUUUUCACUUCUUCCGGCUCCUUCCACAGAUGGCUCUAGCAAUGAAAAAAGGAAGAGAGAUGAGGCAGAGGACUGUCUUGAACUGCAAGAGCUGGAGGGUGUGGUCCCAGAGUUGAAAAGACCACUCAUCCAGAGAGAAGAACCCCGAAGGUCUCUUCUGAGAACUGGAGCUGUGAGCAGGGAACGUCCACGUCUAACAAAAAGAAAAAUAGCUGCCAUGAGUGGGGUGACAGUAAUUACUCCUGAUGUCAACAAGGUCAUUAAAACAACUCAGCAGUACCGCAGUGAUGCAGCUAGAGUGCGUAGGACAUUGGAGCUGUGCCAAAGAGAAAAUAGUUCUCUACGAAAGCUUGCCUCCAACAAGUUUGUCAACAUGGUGGAUCAACUGACCGUCAGCAACAAGCUGAGGAUGCUGCUGAAGGCUGAGCUUGCAAACUUCAAAAAGAAGCCACAGGGAAGGAAAUGGACAAUGGAAAAUAAAUUAUUUGCCCUUGCCAUAUACAAGAGAAGUCCAAAGACUUAUAGAUUUUUAUGCCAAUAUUUGUGUCUUCCGUCUGAGAGCACUCUGAAAUCCCUGUUGGCAAAUGUACCCUUGACACCAGGUAUCUGCCAGACUCUCAUCAGCCUGCUGAAACGUACCGUGGAAAAACUGAAACCAAAGGAAAAAAAUUGUGUUAUAUUAUUUGAUGAAGUUUACCUGAGUGGGGGUUUGUACUUCAAUGAAGCCAGAGGUUCAGUGGACGGUUUUGAAGACUACGGGGAGCGCGGUCGCACCACACUCACCGCGGACCAUGCAUUGGUGUUUAUGGUACAGGGAAUCACUCAAAAAUGGACUCAACCUGUUGCAUUCUAUUUUGUCCACAAGACCUGUCCUUCUAAUAUGUUGAAGCUGUUAAUUGGUGAUGUGGUGCGAGCAGUUUUCAGCACAGGAUUAAAUGUUCUUGCCACAAUAUCAGACCAGGGCCCCACAAACCGUGGGGCCAUUUCUGAGCUGAAAACAUCUUCGAGGCUCCAAGAUGAUAUUAUUUAUUCAAUUGACGACCACAAGCUGGUGCACAUAUAUGAUGUGCCUCACAUUCUGAAAAAUGUUCGAAACAACUUAUUAUCAAGCAAUUUACUAUAUGAUGAUGGUAAAAUUGCCAUGUUUAGGCACAUCAUAGAAUACUAUAAACUAGAUGAAUCCAUGUGCCAAAUGUCGUCACUAACCACAAAGCACUUAAAUCCACAGGGCCGCCUGAAAAUGAGAGUCAAGUACGCAGCUCAAACCUUAAGUGCUUCUGUGGCAGGUGCGAUGGAAACCAUUUCCAGAGUCUCUCAGGGCGCUUAUCUGCAAGGCUCCUUGGCAACCGCCCACCUGAUAAGAGAGGUUGACCAUUUCUUUGACAUCACUAAUGAGCCAAGCAGAACUGGACAUGAAAAGAAAAAAGACCAGAGACAGAAUGUUACUACUAAAUCUUUACACCAUACAGCAUGGCCAGUAAUGAUUAAGAAAUUAGAAAAGUGGACUUACAUAAGAAAAAGUACUGGUGUUUCUCAUGUUCCACCUUGUGUGAAGGGGUGGAUUGAGUCCGUCCGUGGCAUGAUGUGGUUGUGGCAGACCCUCAGAAAGAUGAAGAUUCAUAGGAUGGAACUGCGGUGCCUCAAUCAAGAUGCUUUGGAGAAUCUGUUUGCUCACAUUCGCCAAUGUUGUGGGUCCAGCUCGGAUGUCACCUGCGCACAAUUUACAGGAGCAUUGAAAACUGUGUUGAUCACAAAAUUUAGUAAUAAGGCAAGGGACAAAAACUGUUUGGAUGAUGGAGAAUUUAUUCUUACUGACCUCUCUGAGUGCUUGCAGGGGAACUCCAAUGAUGGGAAUAAUUCUCAGGUUGAGACAGAACCUACUUUAAUUAGGGGAGAGCAGCCAAGGGGCAAUGUGCAAACUGAUGCUUUGCCCAGUAUGAGAAGGCAGGGCAUAGCUGUUCUUCUCUCAAAAUGUCUUGCCAGCCUCAAGGCAAAUAAGUGCUCCAGCUGUGUUGCUGUCUUGACAUCAGAUCCCGGUUCUAACAGUCCUGAUGCUGUGUUUCUAAACAGUCUUUCUGAGGAGGGUCUCCUUUUCCCUUCCCAGAAACUGGUUACCACCUUUCAGCAGUGCAUGAGCCGCUUCAAUUCAUCCUGGAAAAGGAUUUUUCACAAAAAGGACUUAGUAAACCUAAUUAUUGAGCUGCUAUGCCACAACACUGUUGAUUGGUCGUGGUUGAUAUGUAACGAACACCCCACCAUCAAAAUGGAGAUCCAGAAGACUCUGGCAACUCUUCUGAUUAAACAGCGUUGUAGAUAUGCCAAUCGGUUGUCUAAAGUUGGGGUUUUCAAAAGAACCAGGCAAGUCCUUGCAGGAGCAGUGAAGGAUGGCGAUGGGAUCCGUCAGGAAGAGGAUGUGCAUCAGUUGCAUCCUCAUGACUUAAGCUUGUUGUUUGGCUCUCUGCAAUCACAAGUCUACUAUGGAGUAUAUUUUUGGGUUUGGCAGAAGUAUAGCAUUUCCAUUCAUCAUUACUACAAAGGAUAAGUAUCAUUAAUCAUUCACAAGUAUUCAUUUUAUCAUAAGAAUAAUUUUAAAAUAAUGUUUAGUUUAUUUUUAAUUUCACUCCUGAUUUUGGUAGAGCUUUUGAAACCAUUGCAUGUGUGUGUUUG